UAUUUGAAAAAUAAAUUGCUGCGUGGUAAAAUAGCUGCCAGAGUGCUAGUUAAAUAACAUUUUUUGUACGUUUCUACCGGUUCCGAAUCCAAAACUCCCAUCCAACAUGGUGUACCAAGUUAAAGAUAAGGCUGACCUCGAUGGACAACUGACCAAGGCCGCUGGCAAGUUGGUGGUUCUGGACUUCUUUGCCACCUGGUGCGGACCCUGCAAGAUGAUCUCCCCCAAGUUGGCUGAGCUGUCCACGCAGUACGCCGACAGCGUCGUCGUCCUGAAGGUUGAUGUGGACCUCUGCGAAGAAAUCGCAAUGGAAUACAACAUCUCCAGCAUGCCCACCUUUGUGUUCCUCAAGAACGGCGUUAAGGUCGAGGAGUUCGCCGGAGCCAACGCCUCGCGUCUGGAGGAUGUCAUCAAGGCCAACAUCUAGGGAGACACGACCUCAACGUCCAGCUGUCCCCUUCAAUCCACCUAUGAGUUUUCUUCAUAACAUUUAGUUAAUUAUUCCAUAAGUGCAGUGUUUGCUCCGUUACUGCUGUUCCACUCUGGCCCAAAUUGUUCGAAACUGCAGUGCAGUUGACCAAGUAAAGGGUUAGUUUGGCAGCAGCUGGAACCGCAACAAUAGUGAGAAACCAAGUGGCUUUUAAUCGUAAAAUUUGCUUAAUUAACAAAACAAUAAAAGACACAAUGAUUGUUCAUUUUUGUAUUGAAAAAGUUAAACAAACGCAAUUGUAGCCCGUUGUCAAAGAGUAAACGCUAAAAUAUAAAUGUAA